GCCAAUUUGGACUUUUGGAGUCAGCUCUAUAUUCUAGUUCUAGAAAAAUAUGGACAGUUUCAAGCUGCAUCAGGCUGAACAUGCCACGGAAAACGAAAAUGCCAUCCGUUCAGUUCUUCUAUUUUGAGGAUUUUGGGAGCAGCCCAGCCGGCCAUGUAUAUGAUGAAGACGACGUGGCCCGUCCCGACUCCCGUGCUCCACUCGCAGUAGCCACACGCGCACAAGCACGCACGCCGUGGUUCCGCCAGCUGCACGCGCCGGCCGACGCCAUGCACCACUCCGUCGCCACCGUCCCGCUGGCGGUCACCGCCGGCAUGCUGUACGCGCGCGCCGCCGCCGCGUCCAUCCGCCCGGGCCCGUGCCGCCUCUUUGCUUUCGCCCCGGUGCUCGCCCUCCUCCUCGCGCUCCCCUUCUCCGUCCCGCACCACGGCGCCCGGUGCCUCGCCGCCUUCUUCCUGGUCUGGCUCGGCGAGUUCAAGCUCCUCCUCCUCGCCUUCGGCCGCGGCCCGCUCGACCCGGCCCUCCGCCACCUCCCGUUCGUGUUCACCGCCGCGCUCCCCGUCAAGCUCCGGCGGUCGUCGCGGAGCCAACCGGCAGACGCGGCCGUCGCCACGGCGGGGACGGUCGCUCUGCCUCUCCUGUCGUCCGGCGUCAAGGUCGCCGUCAUGGCGUUCGCCAUCCGCCUCCUCUCCCGCUCCAAGGACACGAUGCACCCCUACGCCGCCUCCGCCCUCUUCGGCGUCGUCAUGUACUGCAUCCUCGACUCCCUCCUGCCGUGCCUCGCCGUGGCGGGGAGGGCGCUGGGCAUGGAGAUGGAGCCGCAGUUCGACCGGCCGUACCUCUCUGCCUCGCUGGGGGACUUCUGGGGCCGGCGGUGGAACCUCAUGGCGUCCGCGGUGCUCCGCGCGGCGGCCUACGACCCCGUCCGGGCGCGCCUCGGCGCGCCCGCCGGCGUGCUCGCCGCGUUCCUCGUGUCGGGCCUCAUGCACGAGGUGGUGAUCUACUACCUCACGUUCCGGGCGCCCACGGGGCGGGUCAUGGCGUUCUUCGCGCUGCACGGCGCGAGCGUCUGCGCCGAGCGGUGGUGCGCGCGCCGGUGCGCCGGGGCGAGGCCGCCGCGCGUGGUGGCGACGGCGCUCGUCGUGGGGUUCGUGGCGGGCACCGCGUUCUGGCUCUUCUUCCCGGCUAUCUUCGGGGACGGGAUGGACGACAUCUACUUCGCCGAGAACGCGGCGCUGGCGGCGUCGUUGCUUGAUUCCAGGGCAUGGUGGCUACGGCUGGUCGGCCUGGUCUAGAGAUCGAGCGCCCGAGACGGGGUCGCCUGGGCGUCGUCGAGACUCGAGAGGCUUGAUCGCUUGAGUGCUUGACCGGACGAGGGACGACAAAUACUGGAAACCAAUUGUACGCUGUUGGAAAUGCCUUUGAGGCUGUGUAGCUGUGGAAUUUGUAUAUCACGUCUAGAAAAUAGUUUUGCUUUUCUUUUU